UUGCAGAUUAUAUGUAUCAAGGUACAGUAGUGGUGUGGAAUACUUGAUUACUAUGGCAGAUGAUGAUGUGCUGAAUAUGCAAAUUUUCAUUCCCGAGCUUCAUAUUCAGAAAUGUUUGGUUGUGAAUCUUGAUGAAAAAGUUUGGGAAAUCAAAGGACGACUUGUCCAGUCGCUUCAGAGUAAGCUACCUCAGUCAUUCAAUUACGGCUUAUUUCUACCGCCUUGUGAUGGUCGUGCCGGCAAAUUCUUACUGGAAGACCGUUCGAUACGUGAAUACCCAUUUCAUGAUUGUGUCCCUUAUCUCGAGCUCAAAUACAAAAAGCGGGUCUACAAAAUGUUGAACAUUGAUGAAAAACAGCUGGAAAAAUUAAAUACAAAGUCAAAUUUGAAAAAAUUCAUGAAUCACAUUGCUCUUGGACAGCUAAAAAAGAUGGAAGAGAUGUGCAGUGCAGGAUUCGAUCCCAAUUUUCACGAUAAUGAAGGAAAGACACCAUUGACGAUGGUAUGCUCAUUACCGCACAAUGAAAAUUUUAUUAAAACGCUGGUAGAACAUGGAGCUCAUGUCGAUUUCCGAAAUAGUGAUGGACAGACAGCAAUGCAUAAGGCAGCAUAUUGGUCCUUGGCAGAAAACGUGAACUGUUUGCUAGAACUUGGCGCUUCACCAAAUUACCGUGAUCCACUUGGCCUGACACCACUCUACUACAACAUGCUGCAAAGUAGUUCGAAAUCAUCGAUAGCCCAAAUGUUGCUUUAUAAUUAUUCAGAUAUUAGUGUAACUGAUUUGGAUGGAAAUCAUGAAAUACAUCAGGCAUGCAAGAAUGGUCUGGUGCAACAUGUUGAUUAUUUGAUAUAUUAUGGAGCUGAAAUUAAUGCUCAGAAUGUUAACGGAAAUAGUCCACUUCACGUUUGUGCCAUCCACAAUAAACCCAAUUGCGCACGUUUACUAUUGUUUCGUGGUGCUCAUCCGACUAUUGUGAAUAAGCAAAGCCAGACACCGUUGGAUGUGGCACAAAUUCUUGGCUCCCAUGAAGUAAUGAAAGUUAUUUUGAACCACGACCCUCUAUCCACUGUACCCUAUAACGUGAAGCCAACCUUUAAUCCCAGAAGGCGUUCAUCAAUGCUACCUGGUCAACGAAGCUCAAGUCAUUCAUCACUUUGUAGCAGCGAAUAUCGAUCUGUGAUACCGGCCAGCCCGACACCAAGCCACGUGUCAAUAUCCAGCUAUAAAACGUGUCCAGGAGAUGUUAGUGGUGGAUACAAUACUAUGCGACGAUAUCCGGCUUACCCGCUAGUGAAAAUCAGUGGUUUUGAGGCGAACAUACCACGCACUGUUGUAAUACCGCGAGAUGGUAAAGGUGGCUUCGGAUUCGUCUUACGUGGCGCUACAAAAGCUGGAAACUUCACUCCAACGUUACUGAAUCCAGCAUUGCAAAAAUUCGAAGGGAUUGACCUGCAGGGAAUGGCCAUGAAAGCAGGUCUAAGGCCCGGUGAUUUUUUGCUUCAGGUGAACGACAUUGAUGUGCGUAGAACACCACAUGAUCAAGUCCAUAAACUGAUACAGUCUUCGGGAGACACUGUAACGUUAAAGGUGAUUACUAUUGACCCUGGCUCAUUCACUUUUCGACCCGCUCGUACGAUGCCGGUGAACAUUUCUCGUACAGGUAACAUAGGUGACAUGUACGGCUAUGGCAGCAGUAUGUUGCCUUUGCAUUCUGCUAAAUCGGUAGAAGCGUUAAAUCAAAGCAAUUACGAACGUUUUGCGUCCGUAAAACAACGAAUCAGUGGUUCUAAACGUAUUUCAAUGGAAGAAUUGGAACGACUAAUGGAACGGCAGGGGCAGGGGCAGGGUACCUCGCAGUUUCAACCCAUUCCCAUACAUGAGGAUUCACUAUCAAACGGAAGUGGUUUGAAGUUUAGUUCGGUGAACGACCUGAAACGUUAUAAAAAAGGUGGUUUACAUCGAAUGGUUUUACCACCAGUAAUUGACAACGAUCAUUGCAUCCCUUCAGUAAUGCAAAGCUUUAAUUCUUCACCAGAUUUGACUCGAUCAGUAAAUGAUAAAUCGCCUUCACUGACUUCUUUUGAUGGACAAGUCAACCAACUUGGCUCUGUAACUUCUCAGAGCACUUCAGACUAUUCUCGCCCUUUCAGGUCUAUCGAACGACCCAAAACACCGCCUCCUCCACCACCUCCUCCAUUGUUUGAUAACUUGUCAGUAUCGUUUUCGAAUGAUAGUAAUACUUUGACGAAUAGCAUACCUCCGACAGUGUCUAUAUCGUCCAUAUCAAACACUUCUCUUACAGGAACAUCAGUGCCUCCACCUGAAAUCGAAACGACCUUCCCACCACCACCACCCCCGCCUCCACCACCGCCUCCACCACCACCUCCUCCUCCACCACCACCUCCUCCGCCUCAAUCUUCUGGAAAAGCAACAGCAAAAUCUGUGUCUUUUAAAAAGGAUGUUGAACAAGAAGAAUCUGAGUCAAGGGAAAGGGGAAUAGCUGCUAUCAGUAGUGAAGUACUGUCAACGGUGAAACUAAAACCUACCUUACGACGUGAACCAGCUAACUACUGUGGGACCAUACCACAUGGAUUUGAUUCUGAUCUGCGUAAUGCACUAGCAAGAAGGAGAGGCAAAAUUGCCCAAAGUAGCAGUAAUGAUGCAUCGAAAAAAGUUGUUUUCUUGUUGGAGAAUCCUCCUGUAGCUACGGUUAUCAGCAGCUACGGUGGAUUAAGUUUGUGCGAAUCAGUCCGACAAAAUAUGUCAAGUUCAACAAAAUGGGAAAUCGGGAAAUCAGAGCAUUCUCCGACGGGCAUUGCAACGAAGAAAGACAGUGGUUAUACAUCGUCACGCACUUCGCUUGAACCGUCAGAAUGUGGGGACGACAUCGGAUCAGUAGGUGCUACCGUAAUCGCGAUACCAGGAUCUGCUCAAGCAACUACUAAUGUGGCUGUUGCCAAUUCAGCAUGUCAUGUCUCUUUGAUUAGUAAUCAGUUUGACGAAAAUUGUGAUUCUGCGUAUACCAGACGAAGCAUUUGUUUACCUCAAAUACUACCACCUUCUCUGCCACCUCCAUCCGUUCAACAGCGAGCGCAACUUAUCAGCGACCAUGAUUCGGUAGGUGAGCUUGAACUCCACGCUGUCGACGUUGAGCGGACAGUCAUCAUCGGACCGUCAACAGCGGACAUUUGCCACUACCCUGUUGUCUUCAAUAUCUCACACUAAAUUCUCAAUAACUCCACCGAUUGAUUGUAACGAUGAUGAGCCGGAUAGUGGUACCGGGGACUCCGAUAACGAGGUCGCGGCAGAAUCCAGUAAUCACACAAGUCCGUCUGUGAGUAAAAAUUUUAUCGAUAAGCAGGUGGCAAACUGGACAACUGAUGAUAUUAUUGCAUGGCUAAAAACACUGGGUCUUUCGGAACAUUCCCGGAAAUUCCAACAGUUUCGAAUUAACGGUGCUCAUCUGUUGUCUUUUGAUCGAUCAUUGUUAACGCAACUCGGUGUCACACGAAUCAGUCAUCGACAACUGAUUGAACGGUCUCUGAAAAGUUUGAUAGAGCAAUAAUUAGAAUGUACCGAAUUAACUGUUGAAUGUGGUAAAUAAUCUUUUUGCAUUCGCAGCAUAUUUCUGAUUGCGGACCGUUGGAAUUUUGAUAAAGUUGAUAAUUACAAAUAUUUGCUUCAGACGGGAGAACGGUAAGCAUGGGAAAGAAAAAGGACAGGGG